GGUGGAAACAAAAGCACUGGGGCGAAUGGGGACCCAUCCAAGAUGGUGGUCCGCCUCUACGCUAUUCUGUGGUCUCUUUCCUGGUUGUGGAAACAGAUCAAAGUGACACAUCCCUCUCAUGCCACUCCUAGCUGCUCUCCUCUCUGCUAGCUAGCUGCUCUGUCUCCCGUUAGCCUAGCCUGCUAGCUGGCAGCCCGGUAAACAUGGCGAUGUCGCAGGCUCUGUCCGAGGAGGAGUUUCACCGGAUGCAGGCUCAGCUGCUGGAGCUUCGGACGCAGAACUACCAGCUGUCAGAUGAUCUCAGGAAGACCACGGCUGAGCUCAGCGUCGUUCGUCAGAAGAAUGGGAAUCUGGAGCGAGACCUGAUCAAAGCCCAGAAGGCUUUGAGUAAGAGCAAAAAAGCUCAGGAGGUGGAUGCUCUUCUCAGUGAGAACCAGAUGCUGCAGGGAAAGCUGCUGAGUCAGGAGGAUGACUUCAGGCUGCAGAACACCACGCUGAUGACAGAGCUGUCCAAGCUCUGCACGCAGAUUGAGCAGCUAGAGCAGGAGAACCAGCUUCUGAAGGAAGAAGGCGGAGCCUCUGCGCCCAGCCGACAUCCUAGCUCCUCCUCCACCUCUGUAAAUGGAGAACAGCUCCGCCUCCAGGCUGAAAACUCCACCCUACAGAAGAAGUUGAAGGAACUUCAGGAACGCUUUGAUAAGGAGCUCCAGUGGCAGGGGGACUCCCACGGCAACCAGGGUGUUUCCACGGUUACGGACGGGUCCGCAGACUCCAAUGGAGCCUCUGAUGUCACAGCAGGUGGGGAGGAGUCAGCUGCAGAGGGAACCAAUGAGAGAGCAGGACAGAUGGACUCGGAGCUCUGCCCCUCAGAGAAAGCGUUUCACGGCUGGUCAGAGAAGAGCAUAGAGACGAUUGUAGCUAAACAGGCUGCGGUAGGCUGGUCGGCUGCUCUGUGUCCAAUAACUCACUGCUUUGGACCAGAACUGGAGCUGGCACUGACCACGGAACAGGAGGAGAAGAGGCUGCUGAGGGAGCAGGUCCACAGUCUGGAGGCAUCCAAACAGGCUGAAGUCACCAGGCUGCAGGAGGACAUCUCAAAGCUGACCGACAAACUUAGGAAGAAACAGGAGAGUUUUCAGCGCCUGCAGACGGAAAAAGAGGCUCUGUACAACGACAGCAGGACGAAGAUCGAUGAGAUCAACCAGAGGAAAGACGAAGAGCUGAAGAUGGUGAACCUCCGUGUGCAGAAGCUGCAGUCAGACAUCACUGCAUCCAAUCAGACGGCAGCAGAGCUGAGAGAGCAGCUUCAGAGCAAAGAGAAGGAACAUGAAGUGGCUCUGCACGCCCUGAAGGACCAGGCAGCCAAUCAGAGUGCAGUCAGUCAGGAGCAGGUAGACAACAUCCUGCAGGAGAACGAUGCUCUGAGGACUAACCUGGCUGCUCUGGAGCAGAUCCAGACGGUGAAGGUGCAGGAGAUGAGCCUCCUGAGGGAGCAGCAGGAGACGCUGACGGCUGAGCUGCAGCAGAGAAGAGCCGAUCAGGAGAAACUACUGGCUCAGAGGGAUGACCUCAGCUCUCAGCUUCAGGAGUCUAGCUUCGCUAACAGGAAGCUGCUGGAGCAGCUGACAGAAGAAGGACGGGAGAAGGACAGGCUGCUGAGAGACCUGGACGAAAGCAAGAAGACAGCAGAGAAGAGGAAGACCAUGCUAGAUGAGAUGGCUUCACAGCUGAACCAGCUGAAGUCCAACCACAAGGAGGCGCUGUCGGACCUGAAGCUGCAACACGAGAAGGAGGUCCUCGGGGUGAGGGCUCGGUAUGAGAAGGAGCUGCGGGGCCUCCAUGAAGACAAGAACCGCUCUGAGGAGGAGCUCCGGCAGCAGCUUCGAGAUGAGAAGGCUCGGACCAAGGAGCUGGAAGGCUUUCAGCUGCAGGUAGAGGAGCUGCAGGCUCAGAUCCAGUCCAUGGAGGGGACCAAAGGCUGGUUUGAGAGACGCCUCGCAGAGGCCGAGGAGAACAUUGAGAAGAACACCCUUCAGCAUCACAAGGACAUUGAGAAGAUUCAGAAAGACCACACACUUCGUCUGGAGGAGAAGCAGUCAGAGAUGGAGGGGUUGAAGCAGGAGAUGGUGGAGGUGGAGAAACGGAGAGAGGAGCACGCUGAAACCAUCAGACAACUCAGACAGGAGAUCAAAGACACGGUGGACGGUCAGAGGAUCCUGGAGAAGAAGGGCAGUGCCGCGCUGAAGGACCUGAAGCGCCAGCUGCAGCUGGAGAGGAGACGAGCGGACAAGCUGCAGGAGAGACUCCAGGAGAUCCUGACCAACAGCAAGACUCGGACAGGUCUGGAGGAGCUGGUUCUGUCUGAGCUCAACAGUCCCAGUCGGACUCAGCAGACUGGAGACUCGUCCUCCGUGUCCUCCUUCUCCUACAGAGACAUGAUGAAGGAAGCUCAGCCAGCCAGUCAGAACAAGUCUGGUGGAGGGAGUCCCCAGCCUCAGCGUCCUGCUGAGCUCUUUGAUGACGAGGUCGGUGAGCUCUUCCAGCGGCUUGCUGAUGUCCAGCAGGAGAAAUGGAUGCUGGAGGAGAAGGUGAAGCAUCUGGAAGUGAGCUGCUCGUCCAUGGCUGAAGACAUCUGUAGGAAGAGUGCCAUCAUAGAGACGUACGUGAUGGACAGUCGCAGAGAUGUAUCGAGCAGUGCAGUGGGAGGUCACGGAGGCGCUCAGGGAGACAGAGGAGGUCUGGGUUCGGUCCUCAGAGAUCUGGUGAAGCCAGGAGACGAGAACCUGAGAGAGAUGAACAAGAAGCUGCAGAACAUGUUGGAGGAGCAGCUGACCAAGAACAUGCACCUGCAGAAGGACCUGGAGCUGCUGUCCCAGGAAUUAGUCCGACUCAGUAAGGAAAGCAACGGUGCUGCUGGAUCGGGAUGAGACCAUCGCCUCCUGCUUGCUUCGUUUCUGCUCACACCCUCCCUGCUUUCCUGCAUUCACAACCUCCUCUGAGCUCUGACUACUGCCUGGGGCUGGGAAGGGCACUGGCUGUGACUACAUGCUGGAUUUUGUCCAUCUGUUUUGGAAUGUGGUGAGGAAUCAGUGAAGAUGGAAAGCUUGAGGAGCAAAACUGAGAAUGGAACCGAACCACCUGGAAAGAAAACCUUUCGCUGAAUGUACUGUAAUUAGACUGCACCAUUCAUUUCUGAGCACUGGCUAUCAUCUGGAAACUCGUCAAUAAAGACGGGGAAACCUCUGCUUCUUCGUCUUAAGACGUCUGAUUGUUGGGGCCUGACUAUGCUCUGGAUUGUGACUCACAACUGACCUCAUAAAUUCUUUGUGAAGUAACUGUUGUGACCUGGCGACUUCCUGGAACUUGUGUUUGAACCCGUCACCGUGACAAGUAAUCAGAGGCCAGCUGAUGGUGAUGAUGAUGAAGAUGGUGGUCUUGAUUGAAGUCCGUUCAUCUCUAAUCCAAUCAGUGAGCUUGUUUCUGAACUGGCAUCAUUCAUCAGUGAAAGAACAGCCAAUGAUUUUAACCAAAACCUCUCUAGAAACGGUCCAUUUGGUUCUGGUGGUUGGGCUGGACCGCUGUUGCCAUGGUUACAGCUUCAGAAUCCAGUUCCUGUUGCUUCUGAUUAAAAAGAAAACAAAACCAGAAGUUUAUUCUACACGGUGUGUGUGUGUGUGUGUGUGUGUGUGUGUGUGUGUGUGUGUGUGUGUGUGUGUGUGUCUUCAUCACAUCCGAAGAGUUCCAUCACCUCAGGUCGGCUAAGGCUAAUUUCUGGAGAGAUGAAACAGUUUGACGGGACAGGUUUCGUCUCUGGCUAAGGUCUGGUUUCAUUUCUGAGUUGGGGGUGCUUUCCCUCCAGGAUCACGUUGUUGUCAGCUGAUCACCAAAAGAUGCAGAGAAGAAAAUGUUUUGACUGCUUGACUCCUUCCUCUAGGCUCUGUCUACUUCCUGCUUGAAUAUUAAUUUUAAUUGAGUGAAGUCCUGAGUUUUAGACAGAAAAAUGGAAACAACUACUUGUUUUUUUCUUGGCCGUUUUGUUUGUCUCGUGGCUAUGGGUAAGUCCUGGAAAACACCCUGCACCUGCUGAUGAGACUGACUAAGUCCUGGACUGGACAGGACUUUCUACUUCACACUUCAAACCUUCACAGAGAAACUCGACUCGUUUUUCGAGUCACUUCUGAGGAAAAAACUCUAAAUAAAAGUGAUUUUGUGUUUAAUCCGGUUUUCUUGUCGUUCAGCUGCUCUGAGAGCUGUAAUGUUUGUGUACAUCAACACUGUGUCAUGUGACUAAACAGCUGAUUUAUUUAUGUCUGAUGAUCCGAACGCUAAUCAUGAAUAAAACUGAAGACGA